AUGAGCCCCGACUCGCCCAUCAACCCAAUCAUACCGGGCUUUGCCCCGGAUCCAUCCCUCAUCCUAGUCGACGACACGUAUUUUCUGGUAAACUCGACCUUCCACCUCUUCCCCGGCCUCCCAAUCUACACCUCGCGUGACCUCGUCCACUGGCACCAAAUCGGCAAUGCCAUCAACAGGCCCUCGCAACUCAGCUUCUCCAAAGCCUCAACCCUGAUCCACGACAUUGGCAACAAUGACCAUUUGUACGCCACAGGCGGCUUGUACGCACCCACGCUCCGCCACCACAACGGCACCUUCUACAUUGUCUGCACCAACGUCGUAAACCACAGCCCAGACUCCGCCCAAGAAAGCGAGACCAAAAACUUCAUCAUCUCCACCACUGACAUCUAUGCCUCCGCCUGGAGCGACCCCGUCUACUUUGACUUCCACGGCAUAGACCCCAGUCUCUUCUUCGACCCCCACACAGGAAAAGCAUACCUCUGCGGCUCCAAGUCCCCAGGGCCCUCUACAAAAAUCACUCUCUUCGAAAUCGACGUAACCACAGGCGAGAAACUGACAGAGGAAAAAUACCUCUGGCAUGGCACCGGAGGCAUAUACCCGGAAGGCCCGCAUAUCUACUUCCACAAUGGCUUUUACUACCUCAUGAUAGCCGAGGGUGGCACGCAUGAAGGCCACGCCGUGACCAUGGCGCGCAGCAACAAUCUGCUCGACGGACCCUGGGAUCCCAGUCCACUGAACCCCAUACUGACCGCUGCAAACACGGACGAGUACGUCCAGUGUACGGGCCACUGCGAGGCGUUUGCCGCCAAAGACGGACAGUGGUGGGGCGUCUGCCUCGGCAUCCGCAUGCGCGAAAAGCAAUUCUACGGCCUGGGCCGCGAGACGUUUCUUACGCGGGGCUCGUGGAGCGCUGAUGGGUGGCUUAAGUUUGAGCGCGCGACAAUGCAACUGAGUAUUCCUAGUGUGAGUGUUGGUGCGGAGAAGAAGAAGCUAAGUGCAGUGCCUGGAGUGGAUUAUGUGUAUAUUCAUGAUCCUGUGCUACGAGAUUACGACUUCGAUCCUACAGGUAGAAAUGUGGUGGUAAGGGCCUCGCCGCAUGAUUUGACUGCGCCGCAUGCGUCGCCUUCGUUUCUGGGUAAGCGCCAACGCUGGAUCGAGGGUAAAAGUAGAGCCACGCUUGUUGUGAGUUCUUCUGUCCAUGAAGACGCGCGCGUUACCGCAGGUUUAGCGGUGUUUAAAGAUGAACAUCGCUUCUUUUCCGUUUCUUAUAGCCCAACUCAAUCGCCUCCGAAACUUGUCCUCCACAUCUUGAACACAGCCAAGAAGAUAGAUCAGAACCACACUUUCGAUUUGCCGAUUCGGCCAGAGUCUUUGGAAUUCAUCGUCGAAUAUACUGAGAUGCAGUAUGAGAUUUCAUACAGACUUGAUGCUGUGGGAGAGAGCAACAAAGUAGCGAGUGUAGAUGCGAAGGACCUUAGUGGCAAAGACUUUGUAGGGCCGAUUUUCGGGGUUUUUGCCAUUGGACAUCAAAAGACAGAGGUGAAGUUCGAGUGGUUUGAGGUAGAUUCCGCAUGA